AGGAUACAGUUUCUGUUUCCUCCGCAUCUUAUUCGGUCGGGAAACUGCAGCUCUUAAAAUAAAUAUAAACCAAAUAUAUAUAGUUAAUUAAAUUAAAAAUAAAUACAUUCAAUCUCGCAUUCCUGUGUGUAUUCUUUAAGCGCUGUCUCGGCGCAUUGACUAUAAUUAUAGCGAAUUAUUAUCGUCAGAAGGCUAUUAAAUUAACUGUUUUUUUUUAUUUUUUAUACAGAUUUUGGGACGAGGGGUAAAAACACACACAUAUAUAUAUACGAGAUUAAACUCGAAUAUAAAUGGCCACGUCGCAUGUACCGCCUUUCCCCGAGUUUGACGUGAACUCAGACGAAACCACGGUGGAAACCCGCUGGAAAAAAUGGAUCCAGCGCUUUGAAAACUUCCUCCUCGCCCUGGACGUCAAAGACGAGGCUCGCAAAAGGGCGAUGCUGCUUUACUACGCCGGGGAAGCGGUGUAUGAUAUAUUCGACUCCCUGCCCGGUACCGGGGGACCCGGCGAUUACGUCACCGCCGUUUCGGGGCUCACCCAACAUUUCGCGACGAGGAAAGACGAAGCGGAGUCUUCCGAAUCGGAGCGGUUCGGACGGGAGAAGCAGCAGAGAGCCGGGGAGUCCGUGGACUCGUACCACGCCAGGCUCAGAGAGCUGGCUGCUGGAUGUCGGUUCCCCGAUGCCGAGGUGGAAAUUAAAAACGCCGUCGUUAUGAAUUGCGCUUCGCCGCGGCUCCGUCGGCUGGCUCUGAGGGAGAAGGAUAUGAGUCUAAACGAUCUUUUGGACGCGGCCCGAUUCAUAGAGGGUUCGGGCAGCGGAGGAAAAACAAGGGAACCGUCCGGCAGUGAAGACGCGAGCGAUGAAACAGAACCCCUCGAAACUGCCAUUGAAACGGUCCGCAUCAAACAAGAGGCUCCGGACCACGAACAGGAAAAGGAGGAGGAGGAGGAGGAGGAGGAGGAGGAGGAGGAGGAGGAGGAGGACUACGAAAUCCAAGCCGUGGUGAUCAAAGAGGAAGACGAUUCGGACGAUCGAGUCGAGAGAGUCUCUCAGGCCACCCAGACGCCCGCCCAGCCGAUUGCUCCCGCCAACCAGGGUGCCCACCAGUGCCCGGUCUGCCGCAAGCGAUUCCGGCAGUCGGGGAACUUGAAGAUCCACCUCCGGAUUCACACCGGAGAGAGGCCGUACCGCUGCUCCGAGUGCGGCCGGAGCUUCAAGCAGCUGGGGAACUUGAAGAUCCACCAGCGCAUUCACAGCGGAGAGAGGCCGUACCGCUGCUCCGAGUGCGGGAGGAGCUUCAAGCACUCUGCCAAUCUGAAGAAGCACGGGCAGGUCCACACCGGAGAGAAGCCGUACCGCUGCUCCGAGUGCGGGAGGAGCUUCAGCCAGAACCGGACCCUCAUCAACCACCUGAUGAUCCACUCGGGGGAGAAACCGUUCAGCUGCCUCCACUGUGACAUGGCCUUCCGCCACCGCGGGGACCUCAAGGUGCAUUCCCACGUUCACUCGGGAGAGAAGCCUCACAGCUGUGAGGAAUGCGGGAAGAGAUUUAGACACCCAGCCAGCGUCCGGAGCCACCAACGCGUCCACACCGGAGAAAAACCGUACCACUGCACAGAGUGUGGCAAGAGCUUCACCCAGGUGGGGAGUCUGACCACGCACAGGAAGCUGCACGCCACGGAGAAGACGUACCAGUGUGGCGCCUGCGGGGACCGCUUCACACGACUCGGAAGUCUCACCACGCACCAGAGGAUCCACAUCGCAGAGACCGGAGCCACCACGAGAGAGAGCGCAGCGAGCAGGGAGUGAGAGGAGAGAGAGGGAGAGAGAGGGUUCACAGCGCAGAGACCGGAGACGAGAGAGAGAGAGAGAGCGCAGCGAGCAGAGAGCGAGAGGAGAGAGAGAGAGAGAGAGAGAGGGUUCACAGCGCAGAGACCGGAGACGAGAGAGAGAGAGAGCACAGCGAGCAGGGAGUGAGAGGAGAGAGAGGAUUCACAGCACAGAGACCGGAGAUGAGAGAGAGAGCACAGCGAGCAGGGAGCGAGAGGAGAGAGAGAGAGAGACGGUUCACAGCGCAGAGACCGGAGAUGAGAGAGAGAGAGAGAGCACAGCGAGCAGGGAGCGAGAGGAGAGAGAGAGAGAGAGAGAGAGAGAGAGAGAGGGUUCACAGCACAGAGACCGGAGACAAGAGAGAGAGAGAGAGAGAGAGAGCACAGUGAGCAGGGAGUGAGAGGAGAAAGGGAGGGAGAGAGAGGGAUCACAGCACAGAGACCGGAGACGAGAGAGAGAGCACAGCGAGCAGGGAGUGAGAGGAGAGAGAGGGUUCACAGCGCAGAGACCGGAGACGAGAGAGAGAGCACAGCGAGCAGAGAGCGAGAGGAGAGAGAGGGAGAGAGAGGGUUCACAGCACAGAGACCGGAGACGAGAGAGAGACGAGAGAGAGUACAGCGAGCUUAACAUAAGCAAAACAGCUUUAUAUUUAGAUAGAUAUAGACAACAACAGCAAACAGCUACGUAUAGAGGGAGAGAGGGAGAGAGGGAGAGGAAGCAGAGAAUUGACCCGCAGCCCACAAGCUCUCUCUCCAAGGAGAACCAGGAUCCAACAGGAUACUCAUCAAUCACUAGAGAUGCUCAACGAAGAAGAAAAGCCAUCGAUAAACUCAAAACUCUCUCCGUUAAUAAUGAUCCUCAGCCCGUUGCUGAGCUGUGUAACUUCAGCCCGGAUCAGAGCGAUGCGUUUCCUAUCAGGAGGAGAACACCAAGCCUUUCAGAGCCGCUGUACAGAGAUUCAAUGAAUCAAAUAAAAGUUAAUAAUGCAGAUCUCGUUUGUGAUGUGUUGUCGUUUUCAGAGAGGAAUGGAGGGUUUUGUUGAGUAUACAGGAGAAAUGACACGCAUGCACAGUGUGGAGUAGUGUUUAGGGCUCUGGACUCUUGACUGGAGGGUUGUGGGUUCAAUCCCAGGUGGGGGACACUGCUGCUGUAUCCUUGAGCAAGGUACUUUACCUAGAUUGCUCCAGUAAAAACCCAACUGUAUAAAUGGGGAAUUGUAUGUAAAAAUAAUGUGAUAUCUUGUAACAAUUGUAAAUCGUCCUGGAUAAGGGCGUCUGCUAAGAGCCUGGAUUAAUUAAUAAAUACAUGUCUAUGUAUUUCGAUAUGUAUUCAUUUGUUCAUUUGGA